AUCAAAAACCUUAAAAACACUCAUUCAACUCCAAGUCAACAAACACAAAUCAACCAUUAACAACGUCAAAACUCCAGAAACUUAACAAACUGAACAAACACCCAAAACCCAGAAAAAUGAAAUCAGAGACAAUAACACUGGUGUUAGUAAACUUAGCAGGAAUAAUGGAAAGAGCAGAUGAAUCAUUACUACCAGGAGUUUACAAAGAAGUUGGAGCAGCACUUCAUACAGACCCAACUGGGCUGGGCUCACUAACCCUGUUCAGAUCCAUAGUUCAAACCUCAUGUUAUCCACUUGCUGCUACGAAGUACGAGUCACCUAAUAUACUUAUCAACACUGGUUAUCUUGCUAUCCGCCACAAUCGGGCCCAUGUUAUUGCUCUCGGCCCUUUUCUUUGGUCUGCUGCUACUUUUCUCGUCGCUUUCUCCUCCACUUUUUUCCAGGUGGCAGUGUCGAGGGCAUUAAAUGGUAUUGGACUUGCUAUUGUUAUACCUUCAAUACAGUCCCUGGUUGCAGACUCCACUGAUGACAGUAAUCGUGGCACGGCAUUUGGGUGGUUACAUCUCACAAGUGGCCUAGGCUCAAUCCUUGGAAACAUCUGCUCGGUCUCGAUAGCCUCUACAACAUUCAUGGGAAUCCCUGGCUGGAGGGUCGCUUUUCAUUUAGUCGGAAUUGUAAGUGUUAUUGUUGGCAUUCUAGUGCGACUGUUUGCCAGUGAUCCUCGCUUUGUAGAUGAGAGUGAGAAGGCUAAAGAGGAGAAUACACGAAUGUCUUUUUGGGUAGAGAUUAAGGAGGUGUUAGAGGUAGCAAAAUCAGUAGUGCGAAUUCCAUCCUUCCAGAUAUUUGUUGCUCAGGGUGUUGCUGGUUCAUUUCCAUGGUCAGCAUUGUCAUUUGUACCAAUGUGGUUGGAGCUUAUUGGUUUUUCCCAUAAGACUACCGCGCUCCUUAUGACUAUAUUUGCUAUUGCCGGUGCUAUAGGGGGGUUUUUUGGAGGUAGAAUGGGGGAUAUCCUUUCAAGACGUUUGCCAAAUUCUGGACGAAUCAUUCUGUCUCAGAUAAGCUCUGGUUCUGCCAUUCCAUUAGCAGCAAUACUGUUGUUAGGAUUACCAGAUGAUCCUUCCACUGCUUUUUGGCACGGUUUAGUUUUCUGUAUUAUGGGACUUAUCAUAACUUGGAAUGCAGCAGCCACAAACAACCCAAUCUUUGCAGAAAUAGUACCUGAGAAACAUCGAACAAGCAUAUAUGCAUUGGACCGCUCUUUUGAGACUACACUAGCCUCAUUUCCUCCCCCCAUAGUUGGUAUCCUAGCUCAACAUCUUUAUGGAUAUAAGCCAGCUGCAGUAGGAUCAUCAGAUGCUGCAGCAAUUGAAACAGACAGAGAAAACGGUGCAUCACUUGCUAAGGCACUUUACACAGCGAUUGGAAUCCCAUUUCCAAUUUGCUGCUUCAUUUACUCCUUCCUUUAUUGCACAUACCCUAGAGAUAGAGAGCGAGCUAAGAUGCAAGCUUUGAUAGAGUCAGAGAUGCAGUUAAUGGAAGAUGGUGUUUCUCCUACAAUAUCAGAACAGGCCCCACUUCAAUUUUCAGAAUCAGAUGAUCUGAGUUAUAAAGGUAGAUAUGUGACAAGGACUGGGAAUACUGGAUACGAGGGAGGUGAAGGUCUUGAGUUUGAUGAAAAUGAUCAAAAGACCCUGCUUUCACCCCAAGUACCUCUGUCAGAUUCUAGAAAGCCAAUGUGAUACUUGUAAGGUCAACUUUUUCUUAUGAAAGAACUUUUACAGUUUUACUACUCGAAAAUGUAUAUUCAUAUCUUUGAGAUUAUUCAUUACUCAUAUUACAUGCUUCUCUACUCCUAUCAUUUUUGCAAGGGUGUUGGAAAUUUUUCAUACUAGAACUUUGUUCUUAAAAGCCUUCGAUUCUGUCAUUCCAUUAGUAGCAAUACUACAGUUAGGAUGCAAUUCAAACUCUGAUAGAUUCCGAGAUAAUCUAAGGAUGAUGCUUCUUCUGUAUCCUUUAUCAUCUAAAGGCAUCAGUUAAUGCUUAAUUAAGACGUGAUUUAUCCAAUGGACAUGUCUUCACCUAGAUCGCACUUAUAUUAUUUAGUAUUUAGUUUUCUAUUUGUGAUACUUUUUUUUUUUUUCUUUUUUUGUCGUUUAUGUGUAGCAAAGCCUUGAAAGAUGAAACUUGUCUGCCAAAUGCAUGUAAGAUCUGUUCAAAGCUACAGCUUUUAACUUGUUAGAUAGCAUAAUUGAGCAAAUAUAUAAAUUAAAGCUUAAUCUACUCUUAAGAAAUAAUUAACAUUAACCUCUUAGACAAGCUUUGUGGAAUAUUUUCACAUGCUAAUGUUAUCUUCC